UAAAACCCCCCACCAUGGAUGCACUCGUGACCCGCACGGUUUAAUAUCACAGAUUCACCCCAUCUUCUUCCCUUACCGCGCGAUUCAUACUCUUUUACUGUGUUUGGACACCCAGAACCGACAUUUUAGCAUAACCGCUUCAAAUAAUACGCUGCAAUUAAUCUGAGCAAAAAGAAGAGAAACGGCUGGGCAACCCCUGUCAGGGCCUGCGACAUGAGUUCGAACAAUACCUGCAAUCCUUAUGUCCAUCUGUCGUUCUUUUCAUCACGCGUCUGAUAGGAGGCCGAUCGGUACAAUCCGCAAGGCGUUGAACAGGUGCGGGAAAAGGGUUGAAGAUGCCACAAGAAAAGUAGAGGCCCUUGCUGAUCACGUCUGGAAUCACCUCAAGGUCAGUCCUAAGCCCAGUGAUGUAGCAAUGGCAAAGCCUGCUCAAGGGACAAAAGUGCUAACAGAAGGAGAGCAUGAGAAGGUGUUCCAGCAAGAGUUUCAAAUAUUGCCAGGAGAGAAGCUCUUAAAGACGUAUGCUUGCUAUGUAUCAACUCCCACUGGACCAGUGAUUGGCACGCUUUAUAUUUCAACUAAAAGAAUGGCGUUUUGCAGUGAUUAUCCUCUCUGUUAUUAUUCUUCCUCAGAGCAGGAGUGGAUGUAUUACAAGAUGUUGGUGGAUCUUGAUAAGUUGAGAACAGUGAAUCCUUCUGCAAACAGAUUGAACCCUUCUGAGAAGUAUAUCCAUAUUGUCACCAGAGAUGGUUAUGACUUCUGGCUUAUGGGAUUCAUAUUUUACAACAAGGCACUCAAGACUUUAACUGAAGCUUUGCAGCACAACCUUGGCUGUUCUGGUGGAAACGGAAUCAUAUAAGUCCAACAAGUUCAAGUGCAUGGCAGUUCUGUCAAUUCCACUAUACACCCAAAUUGUUAAAAUGAUUUGAAUACAUCUGUGAAUAAUGCUAGUAUUGAGUUGACAGUUUGUUUAGAAACUUGUACUUUUCUUUCUGAUACAAGCAAAUUAUUCUAUGAUAAAAGAAAAUUCGGUUU